CAAAACUUCCACGCUGGGACACUUCUUCGCAACCUCACUUUGCUGACCAUCCAGCCAUCCUCUGUCUUCGAACUUGUAGGAAAAUCGAUACUUUGAGGAGAACACAGGGCCAUUCUGUCGUAUGUGUCGCAAGAACGGACACAUAAUGCGAGAAUGCCCAGAAAAGGUAAAAUGUUGGAUUCUACCACGUACCCGACCGCGCUCUCGAAUUUGUCGCGUAACGCUUGACCAACCCUCUACAGGAAAGGGCGUGCUACCUAUGUCGAGAGGACCACGAUCCAGCCAGAUGCCCAAUGAACAACCUAUGCUUCAAGUGCAUGCACCGGGGCCACAUCAAUAGCGAUUGCCCGAACGGAAGAGACUACUCGAUAUGUGAAUAUUGUGAUUCGGACAAGCAUCAUCCAUAUCAAUGUCCGUGGCAAUGGCGGCAUUACGUCUUUGCACCGUAUAAGGGUGACCAGGUCCCGAAAGAGCUGGCCGUGUACUGCUACAAUUGCGGACAGGAGGGUCACUUUGGCGACGACUGCCGACAACGCCUGAUUACAGGCAACAAAGGCAUAUCAGCCUUCGCCCUCGCAGCACUCGUCCAAGCCUUCCCCCAACACCGAAAAGGCUCAAAAUACUGCCCACCCCGCCGUCAAUCACCGGAGACAGGCCGCAUCGACCACGACCGGCGCCGAUCCCCCCCACACCACCGCCAACCCGUCCACAAACGCUUCGCAGACUCACCCAUUUCAGACUCGAGAUCGCGGUCUCGGUCACGGUCAAGAUCACCCCGCGGAUCCCGCCGACGGUCAUAUUCCCGGUCCCGCUCACGAUCCAGGUCGCGCGAUAGGUACAAUAACAAUAAACGUCACGCACUACCCCCCAGACCCCGCGGCCGAUAUCCCUCUCGCUCCCCUUCACCUCCACCCCUCCGCGCACGAAGAAAAUCCCGCUCUCCACCUGUCGCACAUCGUUACGAUCGCGGGUUUCGACCAUACAGCCCCCCGCCGUUGCCGACGUACAGGUCUUCAAGGGAUGAGCGUGAACGGGGAGAGCGUGAACGGGGUGGGAGGAGGAGAGAAGAUUAUAGGAGGGAGAGUCCGCCGCCGCAGGUGCGGGAGUCGAAGAGGAAUGGGUAUAGGAAUGCGCCGCCGCCGUCGCCGCCGCCACCGCCCGCGAGACGGGUGAAUUUGAAGUACCAGCCGAGUUAUAAGGGGGGUUAUUGAGGGAGCUGUGGGGUUAGAAACCAGGAGGGGAUCUAAUGGUCAUGAGGGAGGUGAGGUUUUGCGCGCGUGGUUAGGGUAUCACCACGGUUGGAAACGUGCUUAGGUUAGGAGAAGAUCAUUCAGGUAUGGGCGGGAGGUUACCUCUAUAAUU